AUGGCGACCUCUGAGGCUGUGGAUAGUUAUGGUGAGAUGCAGCUCGUGCUGCAUUCGUUGGCUGGGGUGGUCUUGGGGAGUGGGAUUACGUGGGCUGGGCUAGGGGAGAAGACUGACAGUGUCUUGGUGAAUCCUUGCAUAGCGAAUAAGGAUGAGGUUAUGUGUGGGUUCUCGCGAGAGGUUGUCUUGCUGGACUCUGGGGACAGUCGUGAUGGGUGGGAGGAGGCUCACAAGGCGUAG